AUGGGAAAUUGUUGCUCUCAUGGACGAGACUCAGGGAACAACAAUGACGAACCAAAGCCCGAAAAUGGAGGAGGAGGAGGCGUGGCGGGUGCUGGUGCGGAAGCCUCUGUGAGAGCCGCUUCUAGACAUCCACCAGCUUCUCCUCCUCCUGCAACCAAGCAAGGUCCCAUAGGACCUGUCUUAGGCCGGCCAAUGGAAGAUGUAAAGAGCUCAUAUUCAUUGGGCAAAGAGUUGGGUCGUGGACAAUUUGGUGUGACCCAUCUCUGCACCCAAAAGGCCACGGGACUGCAAUUCGCGUGCAAGACCAUUGCGAAAAGGAAGCUUGUGAACAAAGAAGACAUUGAAGAUGUGAGAAGGGAGGUGCAAAUUAUGCAUCACUUGACAGGUCAACCAAACAUUGUAGAGCUUAAAGGAGCUUAUGAGGAUAAACAUUCUGUGCAUUUGGUUAUGGAGCUUUGCGCGGGCGGAGAGCUGUUUGAUAGGAUCAUUGCAAAGGGGCAUUACUCAGAGAGAGCCGCGGCUUCGUUGCUACGGACUAUUGUUCAAAUUAUCCAUACUUGCCAUUCCAUGGGGGUUAUUCAUAGGGAUUUGAAGCCUGAGAACUUCUUGUUGCUUAACAAAGAUGAGAAUUCUCCUCUCAAAGCCACAGAUUUUGGCUUAUCCGUGUUCUACAAGCCAGGAGAGGUAUUCAAAGAUAUUGUGGGAAGUGCUUAUUACAUUGCACCAGAGGUGUUGAGGAGGAAGUAUGGACCUGAGGCCGAUAUUUGGAGCAUCGGUGUCAUGUUGUAUAUCCUCUUGUGCGGUGUUCCGCCUUUCUGGGCUGAGUCGGAGAAUGGGAUUUUCAACGCCAUCCUAAGUGGUCAGGUUGAUUUUUCGAGCGAUCCGUGGCCAGUCAUUUCACCCCAAGCAAAGGAUCUCGUUAGGAAGAUGCUAAACUCUGAUCCCAAACAAAGACUAACCGCUGCUCAAGUUCUAAACCAUCCAUGGAUUAAGGAAGAUGGAGAAGCACCAGAUGUUCCUCUUGACAAUGCAGUGAUGUCUAGGCUCAAGCAAUUCAAAGCAAUGAACAAGUUUAAGAAAGUUGCUUUACGGGUGAUUGCUGGAUGCUUAUCGGAGGAAGAGAUCAUGGGGUUAAAGGAAAUGUUCAGAGGAAUGGACACAGAUAGCAGCGGAACGAUAACUCUAGAGGAACUAAGACAAGGACUUGCCAAGCAAGGUACAAGGUUAUCGGAAUACGAAGUCCAACAGUUAAUGGAAGCUGCUGAUGCCGACGGUAAUGGAACAAUAGACUAUGGAGAAUUUAUAGCAGCUACAAUGCAUAUCAAUAGACUCGAUAGAGAAGAACAUCUCUACUCAGCUUUCCAACACUUUGACAAAGACAACAGCGGAUAUAUCACAAUGGAAGAAUUGGAGCAAGCACUCCGGGAGUUUGGGAUGAAUGAUGGUAGGGACAUUAAGGAAAUCAUUUCUGAAGUCGACUCCGACAAUGAUGGUCGGAUAAACUACGACGAAUUUGUGGCGAUGAUGAGAAAAGGAAACCCGGAUCCUAACCCGAAGAAGCGUCGCGAACUGUCGUUUAAAUGA